AUGACUUCCUGCUCAUAUGUAAUAGUUGGUGGUGGCGUUGCUGCUGUAUCGUGUGUGGAGGAAAUACGAGCUAUGGAUGAGAAGGCUCAAAUUAUCGUUGUGUCGAACAGUCAACUGAUUAAAACUGUAAUUCAUCAACAAAAAAUUGGCCAAUUGACUGAAUUAUUUGAUAUUGCUGAACAGCCAGUGACAAGUGUUUUUGCCGGUCUUGAUGUUACAUUUGUGAAAGCAACCGUGACUCACUGGAACUGGAAAGAUAAGGAACUUUUACUCGAUAAUGAUCAGAGAAUUAUGUACGAUAAAUUGUGCAUAGCUACCGGAGGCCGGCCAAAAAUAAACUUUCAACAUGCAUUAUCCAUUUCAAUCAGAGACACGGAAACUGUGGAUCGUUUGAGGAUUCGAAUUAAAGAUGCAAAACGAGUACUGGUAAUUGGAAAUGGCGGUAUUGCAACAGAAAUUGUACAUGAAUUGAAAAAUAUCGAAAUUAUCUGGGCUGUACGUCAUUCUUCAAUUUCGGCAACAUUUUUCGAUGAGGGCGCUGCCGAGUUCUUUAAACCAAUGCUCAUAAAUGGCCAGAAGAAAGGACAAUCAAGCAAUACAGCUUCGAAAAGGUACCGGUUUACUGUGGAUAGCGAAAAGGAAAAUGGUGUAAUAGGUUGUGCACUGGGACCUCAAUGGGCAUCAACAGCUGAUAUUACCGGAGCGCUGAAUCAUCGACAAGUGCAGGUGAUUUAUGAAGUUGAAUUGAAAGGAUUCGUAUCUCAGGAUAUAGCACAUAAUGUUGCUGUUCAGAAAGAUUGUUUUAAUUUUUCUACUGGUGUGUGGCCUUUGUAUGUUGAAUUGACAAAUGGGGAGAUAAUUGGAUGUGACUUAAUGAUUGAGGCUACUGGAGUGCAGCCGAAUUCUGAUCUCUGGGCUCGCGACUGUCAUCUAUUGAAUUUGGCAAGCGACGGUGGAAUAAUUGUAGACGAACAUAUGUUGUCGUCAGUUCAAGAUGUGUACGCAUGUGGCGAUGUAUGUACUGCAGGUUGGCCUUGGGCAAAACAUUGGAUGCAGAUGAGGUUAUGGACACAAGCACGCCAAAUGGGUGCAUAUUGUGGCCGUGCAAUGGUAUUUGGAAAUGCAAUUUCACUUGAUUUUUGUUUCGAGAUGUUUACGCAUGUGACAUUUUUCUUCGGGUUUAAGGUUAUAUUUCUGGGCCGUUUCAAUGGUGAAGGCGUGGAAAAACCGUUCCAUGUAUUAAUGCGUAUUACGACUGAUGUUGAAUAUGUAAAACUUAUUAUUGCUAACGGACGUGUACAAGGUGCCGUACUAGUUGGUGAAACGAAUCUAGAAGAGACGAUUGAGAAUCUUAUUUUGAAUCAGAUUGACAUCAGCCAAGUGGAAGAAGGUCUUCUGGAUCCAGACAUUGAAAUCGCUGAUUAUUUUGAUUGA